AGAUGCAUAAAAUUGCGAUUGUUACUGCAGCACUGGUCUUGCUUUCUUUGUUCAACGCUAAGAUGUUGACAGUCCGAAAAAAUCAUGAUCCAGGAAAUUGUUCAAAAUCAAAUCAUGGCGAACUCAUAUUGGUAAAAGAUCGAGAGAACAAAGAUACCAUAUUAGUUUGUACUGAAGAUGAUGAAGUUUUUAGUUGGAAGACGACUGACAACUCCAAACCGCCCGGAUAAUUUUUUAAUCCUGGUUACGACUGCCUGGAUAUAUUGAACAAGAACCCAAAAUCGAAAGAUGGAUAUUAUUGGGUGAAUUUCAAUGCAGGAAUACCAAAAAAGGUUUAUUGUGACAUGACAACAGAUGGUGGUGGGUAUAUAUUGUUUGGUUACAUAAAUGGCACUGUUACAUGGGGCGUCCCAUCAAAUAAUGAAACUGUUCAACCAUUUGGUGAUCCACACUGGUCCAGUGAGUUUGGCGAUGUUUCAGUUUUGGAUUUCAGAAUUCAAGUUGCUUCGGAUGAUGACAUGGAAAAGACGAAGGCUCACUGGGCAUUUCGAUUUAAGAAUAAACGUGUCUUAAAGAAUUUGAUGAUCGUCGAUCAAGGAGGAUGUCCAAACAAUUUCCCUGGUGUUGGAGAUGUGUCUUAUGUCAAAGAUUUGAUGACGGGUGAAAUUGUUUCGAAAGAUUUCUCUUGCUCAAUAUUUGGACCGUAUUCUUUUCCUUCUGCAAAAGUUGGCUGGACAAUGAUGAAUCUUUGUUUGGAACAACCAUGUCCAUAUGGUUUUGCUUAUCAUUGGUUAUUUCCAGUUCAGGUUCAUUUCUCUGGGGGAUUCAGUUACGUCAGCAAGGCAAACAGCAGCAGUAGUGGUUCAACUGCAUUUUUUGGUUGCGAUAAAGGAAAGUGUUGUGCAUGUUAUGGACCACGUGGUGGAAGAGAUGUUUACUGUCUUGAAGAAUGUGAGGCAACAAAUGGUGGUACAAUAACAAAACAUGCAUCAGCUUGGUUCUGGGUCAGAUUAAAUCCUCCUCGCAAAGUUUGGGAGAAAUGUAUGGAGUAUAGAAGUGAAGACGAGAGUGGUGAUAGUGCCUGGUAUAAAUUGGAAGGAGAUAGGAAUAUUCCUGUCAAGGAAAGGUGCGGAAGAAGCGAACCAUUGAUAAAUGAUGGGGUGGUUGUCGCAGAAAACUUGCAGGACAUUCCGGCAGUCACUGGAUUGCUGGCAUUUCAGAAAGAUAGUCAAACUCUAAAUUUCAGAAGCAACGAAACAUGGAAGACUCUUGCAGAAGAGGAAAAGAUGAUGCACACUGUGUCGGAGCAAUUACGAGAUUUCCAAACAACAGUGAAAGAACGGGUAGACAAACUAGAGAGUACGACGGCAAAGAAGACGGAAACUUUGAAGAUCACAGAAGGUGUGUCGCAACUUAAUGGGCAAUUGGCAAUUGUGAAAGAUCAGACGGUGAAGAAUUCCAGAGAUUUGGAGAUGUUUACUCCAAACUGGAAACAAUGUACAUGGAAAGUUGGUGAUGAUAGAGAUUAUGGACUUCUUCGUACGAUCCAUUUGCUUUGUACGAAGUGACAAAUCAGUCAAUACUGGAACCAGUUUAUCAGCGGUUCAGUUAAAGUUAUUACGCAAGCAAAAGAUUGCCCAGCGAAAUGAAGCCGAAAACAAGCAUAAAACUUCCGAAAGCAUUUUCCAAAAGAAUGAGCAAGGCAGAAAAAUGUUGUAAUGUACUACAGAAGGAAACAGAAAAUUUUUCUAAACGAAUGAAAAUUAUUGAAGAACGGGCGGUUCUGUGGGAUUCAAGUCAAGACCGGUUAUCGAAUCAGUCCAAGAUGAGCUGCAUGGUUAGCGAAAUGUACAUGGAACUACAAAAAAAUAUCGAAAUAAGUUUGACGCAACCGAGUGUGAACGCACGGAGCUGGGAAAUGAGUUGCAUAAAUUGAAACGUUCGUUAAAAGAUGGAGUAAAAAUAAUGAACGCACAGUCAGCACCACGGUGUUAAGCGACGACAUUUGAACCAACGCCGGUAGCCUGUGGCAAGAAAAAAUCUACCAUGGAAUUUAACCGGGGCAGUGGUUAUCAGAUAGCGGAGAAUUCGAGACCUGUUCAGCGACCAAUUCCCUACAGUGGAGAUUCUUUUAUGAGAGUCAUAUUUGCCUCAAAAAACAUUGUUCCUCGCAACAAGUUUAAAAGGAUCAGCUUUGAAUGUUCUCAGCAAUCUACCAUCUGAUCGGCGAGAUGCUGACGUACAGAAUGUGCUAAGUAGAGACCAAUUUAUCGAUGCCUUGCCGGACAAAGAGAUGCGUUUGAUCCGUCAAAAGUAAGUUGUUAGGAGUGUAGUGCUCUGGGUCAUAUUAGAAGGAACUGCCAAGUAAUCGGAUAACACUAAACUGUAACUUGCUACGAAAAAAACUCCGCGGUAAAGAUUGAGAACGUGGAAGACAUGACCAAGAACGUGACCUACGUAGUAAACAAUAUGAUAGCCGUGAGAAAGAAAACGAUGACUACGAGCCUGAACGAGACCGAGGAAGAGGGAUUUAGAUCACCGUGAAUGUGAAAGAGAUCAUGAUCAGGACACAGACGUUUUGAGCACAAACAAAUUAAAGAUGACAGACACGGUAAAUGUCCAGGAAUUUCAAGAGAAUGAUGUUGACAUUGGAACGUUGCUGAGUUGGUUAAGAGCCCCAAUUGUCCUAGUUGGUCAGUCGUAGCACCUUACAGUCAAGUGACGAAAAUUCUGUGGGCACCGCAAUGGGACAUUUUAUGUGUUCACAAUGGUAGUCACUACUGAUUGUGGGAUCAUCAACCCUCGGAUUCUCGUUGUCAACUUAUUGUACCAAAGAGCCAGGAAGAGAAGCCUUUACAAGAGCUGCAUGGUAGUCAAACUGUUGGACAUUUCGGUAUAAACAAGACUCUGCUACGACUU